UUUUUCUGACGUGCAAAGUGUCAAAAACGGCCGACUACAUGGUGCAGAAACGGGAGUCAGGGACAUGUCGUAACAUGAUAGGUUACAACCAGUACAGUCAGCAAGGGUACAACAAGCUGUUUACGCAGGGCUCGGCCGACUCCAACUACUCGCAGCCGUCGUCGGACCUCUCCCUGGACGAGGAGAAGGAGACGCUGCGCAGGGAGAAGGAGCGCCAGGCGCUGAGCCAGCUGGAGAAGGCGCGGAGCAAGGGGGUGGCGUUUGCGGUGCGGACCAACGUUAGCUACGACGGCUCCCUGGACGACGAUUCGCCCGUGCACGGCAGCGCCAUCUCCUUCGAAGUGCGAGACUUCCUGCACAUCAAGGAGAAGUACGACAACAACUGGUGGAUCGGCCGCCUGGUGAAGGAAGGCAGCGACGUCGGCUUCAUCCCGUCGCCGGUGAAGCUGGAGAACCUGCGGCUGCAGCAGCAGCAAGCGCGCAACUCCAAGCUCUACGCCAGCAAGACCUCCUCGUCGUCCAACCUAGGUGCGAUUGUCAACGAUGUGCUGUCCACAUCUAAGAGUGCCAACUCGCGAGGCUCCACCCCUCCAACCCCUGGCGACGACUCCGACUCGGCGCGCCUGGGCAAGUCGACGCUGACGACGCCGCCGGCCAAGGAGAAGCGGAAGCCCUUCUUCAAGAAGCAGGAGACCACCACGCCCUACGACGUGGUGCCGUCCAUGCGGCCUGUCGUGUUGGUGGGACCGUCGCUCAAGGGCUACGAGGUCACCGACAUGAUGCAGAAGGCGCUCUUCGACUUCCUCAAGCACAAGUUCGAGGGCCGGAUCAUCAUCACGCGCGUCAUGGCGGACAUCUCGCUGGCGAAGCGCUCGCUGCUGAACAACCCGUCGAAGCGCGCCAUCAUGGAGCGCUCCAACUCGCGCUCCACGUGCCUGGCCGAGGUGCAGGCGGAGAUCGAGCGCAUCUUCGAGCUGGCGCGCACGCUGCAACUCGUCGUGCUCGACUGCGACACCAUCAACCACCCGUCGCAGCUCGCCAAGACCUCGCUCGCGCCCACCGUCGUCUACCUCAAGAUCUCCUCGCCCAAGGUGCUGCAACGGCUAAUCAAAUCGCGCGGCAAGUCGCAAGCGCGUCACCUCAACGUGCAGAUGGUGGCCGCGGAGAAACUGGCGCAGUGCCCGCCGGAGAUGUUCGACGUGAUCCUGGACGAGAACCAGCUGGAGGAGGCGUGCGAGCACAUCGCCGAGUACCUGGAGGCCUACUGGCGCGCCACCCACCCGCCGGCGCCCGAGCCGUCGGCGGCGGCGACAGCGGCGGCGGCGACGGCCAACGCGACGGCGAGCGGCGCGGGACCGCGCGGCCAGGCCCCGCCCUCCCCGCAGGCGUCGCCCUCGGCCGAGCACCCCGGCGGCGCCAUGCGCGGCGGCCCCGCCAACAGCUCGCCCCCAGGUGAUGAAUUCGAAGAAAUUGAGUAUGAUUCUCUUGCAUGGUGAGAUAGGCAAUAUAAACAGUGUUCAGUGAGUAGUGGAAGAUAUUGAAGAAUGUUCAACUAGCCAAGAUGUGCUUUUCUACUACAACUAAUAGAAACUAUCCCCUUGAAUGGAAGAUUUGUGAGCAUCAAUAUUUUAUAAUUUUGCUGACAAAUACAAUCUCUUCAACAUUAUUUUAUUCCUGGUUCCUGAACAAAAAUGUAAUUGGAUGCCUAUAUAUGUAAAUGCCUUGAUGAAAUAGUGGUGUUACAGAAGAUAUCUUCAAAAUGAAUUUCAGAAAGAGAAAAUGUUUACUUUGUGGCUCCAGUGUAUCAUCAACAUCCCAGAGGAAGAUCACGUUUGGAGCGUGACAGAGCAGAGUAUGAUGACUACAAUGCACCACUGGCAACCCGUGACAGCAUGAUGUACCAUCACCAUCACCACCAUCAUGGGCCCCCUCCUUCUCAUCAUGCCCACUACGGUCCUGUUCCACAUCAGCAAGGGCCCAUAGGACCAGAAGAGAAGUAUCACCACCAACCUCCUCACCGAAGUGCAAUGCGAGACCCAGAAGACUACCAUUCUCCACACAGAGGCUCCUCACGAAGAGUACUGAAUGCUAUUUAGUAUUAAAUUCACAUGGGAGUUUUCAAAGGGCAAGAUAAAAACUUUACUAGUAUUAUUUACAGGAAGUGACAGAUGUAGGUGAUGAAUCAGUCUUAUGCUAAAUACCCCCAAAACCAUUUCUUUAUGUAUUUCCAAAGGCAUUACAAUGAUUAAGAUUUCUUCUUUAAUGUCAAGUGAUAUAAUUACUCAUUCACUAUCAUUUUCUGCCAGUACAUUGCUGUCAAGAAACUUUUGUAUAUAACCUUCAUCUGGCAACGGAAGAACUUGCACUUACUUGUGAGCCUUUAAUUUGGCGCUGUCUCAAAGACUUGUCUAUAAUAUCUCAAAAUGUUUAUAUUAAUACAUAGUGCUAAUGAAAUAAAUGGAUGAAAAUUCAUUUUAAAUUUCAAUUGGUACAACUAUUUUCAUAUGAUUAUUACAUCAAAGUGCUGCUUCAGUAUAACAAUUUUCCUGAAAUUGGACUGCUUUAAAUAUUAUAGUGUAUUGUAUUGCUCAUCUCUACUUUCCUUAUAGGCACAAGGAACUUUUGCUUCACGAAUUUUAUUCUGCCUAAAUUGUUAAGAAAAGAAUAGCCUCGGAUUGUUACAAAAAAACUUCACUACUUCAAUAUACAAGUGAUUUCUUCUUUUUUAUUACAAAUGUUUGUGUACUGAAAUUGUACAAUCCUUAAUUUGUACUUCAUUCCAGGUUUGUGAGAUUCAUAAAAAUAGCAUACAAUUGUUUUGUUUCAUUUUUUGUUGAGUUCCAUUUGAUGAAAUGAGAACAGUUUGCAUCAAAUAUCAUAUAAUCCAUACUCUUAAAUCAUGGGCUUGUGUGAUAGUGUUUAUUUUCACUGCUGCUUUAUAACCAUAUUUUUAAUGAUUGCAAAUCUAUUAAUGGAUGUGACAUUAAGGGAUGGUACUCUCCGAAGAAUAAGGAUAUUUUGAAUUUAGCUAUGCCUCAAAUAUUUUUAAUGCAAUAUUUUCUUUCAGGAAGUAUGUGCAAGAAAUGAAUCAAAGAUUUUUGUCAACUGCAAUUAAAUUUUUUAAACAACAAAAUGUCUGAUCAUCAAAUGUUCUUCUCGAAAAUUUAUUCUAAAGUAUUGGAGCUUACCUGCAAGAAAAAAGUUGUACAUACAUUCUAUUGUAUGCAAAGUCCAAGUGACUUGAUGAGAGCUACCAUUUAAAAUUAGUAAUUCAUUUUACUGAUAAUAAGAAAAUUGCUUAUUUAAUGUCACACCUCUAUAGAAACAUUGACAUUCUUAGUGUUCAUGCUCAUUUGGUUUGAUAAAUUGCAUGGUUUGUUCAGGAAGGAGAUUACAUAUGCUUUGUCUAUGAAUUCUAACAGAAAUGUAUAUUUUGUACUAAGCUGCAAUUAAUUCAGGCUUUCAAUGAUGAGAAAUUUUUCAUUGUAUUUAUUUUUCAUUUCAUCAAAUUUAAUGUCACAUUCUGUAGUGAAGACUGUGAUUAACAGUUUAACAUGCAAAUUAAUGAUUUUUUUGAAGUUAUUAGUUGAGUUUUGUCAUUAUUAAUACAGAUGGAAUGUGAAUACCAAAAAAAAUCUUAAAGAUGUUGUGUAAUAAUAUUUGUUUCUCUGGAAUUUUGUAAUAAAAAAAUUGCUACAUUGGUAAAAUCGUGAUAUACAUAAAAGAAUAUCUGCAAUUAUAAGAAAUCAUUUUAUACUCUGAAAAAUUGGUAAUGCUUAUACUAAAACUAAUAAUGCCUGUAAUAUAUAUUCUACAUUGUCCAUUAACAGUUUACUGAUAUUGAAAAUUUGGGAAAAUAAUGCAGGACGAAUACUAAUUUUAAAUAUUUCAUCUUCUGUCCUGUUGGGCAUUAACUCUAUAAAGACACUAUUUAUAUAUUAUUCAAUGAUUUUAAGUUGUAGCAUAAGGUGGAAAGGGAAGCAAAAGGGUAGGAGAGAGAAAAUAUCUACACAUUCUUUUAGGUUCAAUUCACUUUGCAAGUCACCAGAAUAAUUCAAUAAGCUAAAUGCACCAGUUAGAAAUGUUUCAUGAAUGUACAAUAAAGUUACUUUAAUGAAGUUUAAGGAAACAAUCAAUAAUGUUUAAGAUGGAUUAAUUUAAUUUUGAUGCCUUUCCAGUUACCUAAGACUCAUCUCGAUGUGAAAUUAGAAGACAAUGAACUUGUUUCAAUAGUUUUAAAUUAAAAUUCGAAAGUUUAUUAAUAUUUCAAGUAAAAGACUUAAAUUUUCGUGAAUUGAAAGAGUAUAAAAGACUGUUUGCAUUCAUGGAAUGGUGUUCUUUCAUACUUUCAUUAGAUUUUUAAAUGAACUGCUGGGGAUUAAAUAUGAUAAUGUUUACAUCAAGAUUGCUUGCCUUAUCUAUUCAUCUGCAAAAGCUGCAAUAUAUAUGUAUAUAUAUGUAUAUAUUUGAACUAUGGAAUAAGUAAUUGUAAUAAGUGUAUAUGUAUGUAUAUAAGAAUACUUAUGUAUGCACUUGAAAUAUCAUUUUGAGUAAGGAGAUUCUCUGAAAUAAUUGCUUAAAUCAUUGUGCCAAGCACAAACAUGAAGAUAGAAAAUUUCUUUCUUUUAUUUUUUUAAGCUUCAGAAAUAUAAAUGCUUGUUUCAAAAAACUAUAUAUUGUUUAGUUUAUAUAUUUUAUCUUUAUAAAGCAUUUGAAGUAGUUUACCUAUCAGGUUUUUAUUAAUUAUGGUUGCAAAGUGCUCUAAAUAUAUGUCUACAAUUGUAGAUGGUCACAUCUUACACUUUUACAGAAGCACAAGCAGAUGAUAUUGAAGAUGGAAAAUGCUAUGAUGAUAAGGAACAUUCUUUCCAAGAGCAGAGAACUAUCAAAUUUUCUUUCAAAUAAUUAAAACUUGUAAGUAAAUUAUUCUUUUGGGAAAUGUAAAGUUACAGGUACGUACAGUAAUGUAGGAGUGCUACAAAAACCAAGUCGAAAAGAGUUGUACAUUUUCUAGAAAGCCUGUUUAAUGAAACACAAAUUGAGUCAUUGGUGAAUUACAAAAUGCAGGAUAAGUCCAAUUUCAGAUAAUUUAUCUUUUCAUAUAAAAAUAAUUAAGAACAAAAUCCUACAAAUCAAAUAGAUUUCAAUUAAAAAGCAAACUGCACCAACAACCUUUCAAUAGUGAAGUAGCACAUAAUCACAAUAACCCACAUACAAACACAAAUUAUCCAUGACUGACAGAUGCAUCUAAUCUAAUCAUUCACUAAUGAAAAUUAAAAUGUUAUUUAAAGUCUGGGAUCAGUUGCUAUAGAUAUUAAUGAGAACUUCUUAAAAAUAAAUAAUUUGAAGGCGACCACCAAAUUUGUGAACAUUUAAGAAUAUCCAAUUACCUUGUUACCAUCUAUAAUAGUCUUAAUAAAACUCAUAUUAAUUUAGAGUAGUUAUACAGUACAAGACACCCCACUAGAGAAAUUUUAUCAUAAAACGCCUGUAAAUUAAUUCUUGACAACACCAAAUGUAAUUAUAGAAAUAAUCUCCUGAGAAUUGGCUCUCACAUAUUAAUAGAUUUUCAUGUGUGAUUCAUUCAAAGUAGAUUAAUAUUUUUAAAGAUAUGAACUGUGUAUGCUGCACCUGCCUUGUUCCAGUACCUUUCUUAAUUCAUAUCUUUUGGGAAAACUGGGUACUUGACAGCACUCUGAGUAUCCACAUGGAAACUUAUUAAAAUGUGAGUUUAUUAAUUUUUAGUGUAUCGCAUACUUUAACAGAAAUUAUCCUUGUUUAAUCUCCAAAAAAAAAAGUUUUUUUUGUAAUAUGUGUAACAGAUAUUUUGGAUAUGGACUGAGCAUUGUGUACAAUAUUGUGCAUUAAGAAGAAUUCAGUUAAGUCACAUUGUGUAUACAUGAGUGACAUCGUGUUGUUACUGUUGAUGAAUGUAUGAUAAUUUUAUUAUAUAUUUAUAUAUGCAAAGGUGUAGAGACAACCCAAAAUGUGAUGUGGAUGAUAUGUACGUUUCUACUGCCAGGAUAAGUGUGAUGUAAUGCAAAUUUCAUUUGAGGAAAGGAAAUAUUUUUUUUAAGCUUACUGCAUCCCAAAUUUAUAUCCAUGGACAGAUUUACAAGGUUCUUGAAUUAAGUAAUGUUUGCCUGCCAGUUAUUCCUUAAGUUGAUGAAUGAAUUUUUUAUUGUUAUGAAGGGGAGUACAACAGGGGGAUGUUCUUUAAAAAGUCUCAUUCUACACUCGGUUUCCUAUUAUUGAAACCAUUUGUAAAUAAAGAAGUACUUUUUACGGUCAUUACAACAUACUAGAUAUUGGGUCCUUAUUUAUUUGGCAUUCCUUCAUUCCUUCUGCAAGAGUGAGAUUAAUAAUGUUCGAUUUUUGAAGCAUUAAAUCUGAAAAAUCUUUGUUUUAAAUUCUUUUACAAUUCUGCAAAUGAAAAUAAGGCUAUGAACUAUUAUACGCUACUCAUCAAUUAUUCAUUAUAAAUCCUCUCCUUGAAAAUCAACAAUGUAUUUGAUAUCUCACAAUUUGAGUUGUCAAACAUGUUUUUAGUAAUUAGUUCCAGAAUAAGAAGUUUGAAAUUAGUAUUUUUCUUUUUCAUCUAUAUCCAGAAAGAUAAUGAUCCUUCAGGUUUUGCAACUAGAUAGAAAUUUCCAUUUAAUAUCCACUGAAAUUUCUUCAUUUUCAAAAUUAACUAAAAUCAUUCAUUCCAAUCAAUAGCAUUCUUAAUUCUGAGAAUGACAAGGACAGAUAAUCUCUUUUUCAUAAAUAUGUGAACUGAUCAAAGAAAUGCCCUCAAUUUUAAUGUUAUACCAAAGCAAAUGAUUUUCAAAAUUCAUAAUCUUAUUUUGCAGCAUUCUUUACUGAAUGUAAAUUAUAGAACUUAACAAUUAUGAUCUGACGAGUAUCGAUUAGAUUUACUUUUUCAUUAAAGAUAAAACAUUGUACCUCUAUAGCAAAUUUCAAUCAAACUUUAAAAAUACCAUUUAUUCACACCGCUAACAAAAUGCCAUAAUCAAUAAUUGUCACAAAUAAUGCAAUGUUCCACUUAUUAUUACUUAUAUAUUGUGUAUUACUUAUAUUAUUGUUUGAGAAUUGUUUUUGCUUCCUGAUUUUUUUUGGAUUGAGUCAUGCAAGCACAUUCAUACUCAAAUUAAUUUAUUUAUGAAGAGAUGUCAUUAUACGCACAAAUAUUGUGUGCACUUCAAAUUUCAAUUUAAAAGUAGGACAGUAAAGAUUGUAUAGUAGAAAGGAGAAAAGAUUUAAAAUAUCAAUUCAGAAAAUAUUGAAAAGCAACUGAAGCAUGUAAAUGUCCGAUACUGAAUGUCUUCAAUCAACUUUUAGCACAUCUAUAUCUCAGAAUCAUAUCUAAUGAAAGAAAUUAUUUAUUUUCUCUAAAAAUAAGAAGUAUGAAUUCUAAUCCUCAAAUUUAACAUUUAUGUACAAUCUCACUCUUGUAAAAUAUCUAAUUUCAACAAAGUGAUUUUGUCAAAAGUGGGAAGUAGAUCUGUUCACAUAAGUUAAAUGGAAGAAACAUCUUAAUAGAAAGAUUGAAUUUUUUUUUACAAUAUACACAUAUUUCCAAUAUUUAGGAUGCAGUUUGAGGUCAGGUACUAGUCACGCUAGCAUCAACAAAAAAAGUAACAUUGAAUGGUUUAUAAAUUUCUGGAAUCUGCUAAAGAUUAGUUCAUAAACAUUCCUACUCUAUUACAAAAAAAUGUUAUAAUAAUUUUUGCUUCUUUCUUGCUGUUACAUUCAUUAGUUCAUUUGUUCAAACAAUUGACAUGCUUUUUGAAACUAUUCAUUGCAUACUUUUAUACAGAAAAUAAAAUCUCAGAUUUUUCUAUCUGAAGAUUUGUUUGAUCGUAUCAUUUCCAUAUCAUUACCUCAAUAGGCAUAUCAGGUCUGCAAUAAGAAGAUCAAAUUUCAGAGAAAACAACUUAAUUAUUUGGCUUCAAAAAAUAAUCAUAUAUGGGCAUACAAUUUUUUUUAAAGAAAUUUUACAAUUGUAUUAAUAAACUUUCAUCAUUUUAUAACAUUUUAAAACAAUUACUAAGGAAGCAAUUCCAGGAGUUUUGAUUAAAUAUACUGAAACUUUCCCAUAGGCAUCUCAUUAGACACAAAAAUAAGAUUGAGAGUUCUGAUUAUUUAAAGUGACUGGAAAAUUAUUUUUAUCCAUCUAAUGGCUUCCCAUAAGAUAAUUAAUUCGUUUGUAUCCCUUGAUUCUAUAUUUAUUUUUGUAAAACAUUUACUAUUCAGAACACUACCUAAGACAAUCCGCUAAUAGUGAAGAAUAGAUAGUGGGAGCUAUAGUUGGUUGGAUGGUUGCUUAGUGACAGGUAACUUUCAUCCUUUAGUUGCAGUAUGCUUUUUUCCUAGGAUGGAAGAUAUAUACAUACAUCUAUAUACAAAAUAUGUUUUAUUUGGCAUGAAUUUCCAGUCAAUUAAUAUACAAUGUAGUAUUUAAUACAAUGUAAUUAGGAACUGCUUCCUUCAGUAGUUGAAGUUGGUUCUGUCACAUAAGGUUCCCAAAACAGCUGUCCAUCAUAAAUACACUCUGCCUUAUGAUUCGUCACCUUGCAACCCACAUCAACACAUUUGAUAAUACAUGGAUUCAUGCAUACAUUGGGAUACUCGCAAGCUUUGUCAUCAGGACAUCCAAAAUCAUC